CCAGUAGACCCCUCCGGCAGUAGCCACUUUGUAUACUACCUCCCAGCUUGCAUCAUUAACUCAUAUCGUCAUUAGUACCGGAACCAUCGCAUCCGCAACUCCUUCUUCGACUGCUGGCUCUUCAGGCUCCAUUAACACCACUGCAGUCGUAGGUGGUAUCGCUGGCUGUCUUGUUGGUUUGGCUAUACUGGGAUUCCUCAUCAUGUGGUGCAUCCGCCGCAAACGCCAGUCUGAUGAAGACGAAUGGAGUGCUUCAGCCUUCAAACGUCAGUCUGCCAUCCUUGUGGAUGAUCCCGAACCAUCCUUCAACCCCCGGCCACCGACCAUGAUUGAACGUCACAACGCAUCCCCUGCCAUCAACGCUCAGCACAAUUAUCAGAACUAUUACGGUGGUUAUGGUCAACAAGCUACCUACAGUGAUACCUUACAUCCUCAGAUGGCAAUGCCGCAUGCCCCUCACGGUGACCAUAGUCACCUCAUCAGGCAACCGUCCAGCGCGGCAUACCUAUCUCGUCAACCAUCUGCUGCAGGAUACCCCAUACCUAACGAUCCUCAGGCUCACUAUGUUAAUCUCGAUCGUUCCAGUGUAACUCCAUUCCAGGCUGCCCAAUAUGCCGAUAUAUCCCGUCAGCUGGGCAGUGACCUACAUUCCACUAUGGUUCCACCUCAACCAUCAGAAUCUUCAUUGCCUAGCCCCUUUGACGAUGAAGCAGCGGAAGAAACCUAUCCCACGCAUGAUGCUGCGCCUCGUGCACCGUCACCCGUUCACGUUAGCGAUCCUUUUGCUGCCGCUAGUACGGCGUCUACACCUGAGCCGGUCCCAGCGUCCCGCAGGCGAGACAUCUCUAAUGCCCAGCGGCCCGAUACCGUAUACACCGUGUACGAAGAAGGAGAUGCCUAUGAUGGUAUCUAAACGCCGCCGCAAUCGAAUCCAACUCUAUUUAUUCAUGUUCCUGCUUUCUACGUACGGUCUUCGAACUGUACUGUCACCCCGUCAUCUGUCACUUACUUUGUCUUAUUGUUGCCUUUUAGUUUCCUUAUAUUUCUCUGUGCAUGCUGGUCUGCCAGUGUUUAUGUGAUAAUCAGGUCCCGCCCAAAACCGGUCACGUACACACUUUUACCCUCUCGCGCGCUGUCCGACUACCCUGCGC